AGUUUUUUAAGAUGUUUUUUACGAAUUUCAUUUCUCUUAGAUUCAAGCAAAUUUUGAAUUCCCUGUAACCGUCUGGGGAAAAAUAUUAGCUGUCUAAAAAUUGAAGUGAAAUGAAGACUACUUUAGUCGUUUGUUUUUGUUGUUGUUUUGAUAAAUGAAAGCAAAUCAGCAAAAAUCGAGAACUAUUUAAUUUUUUUUUAAUUAUUUAAAAAUGAUUAGUAUUUUAUUGAGCCUUAAUUUUAUGGACAAAAAUUAAGGACAUUUUAUUGUCAUUUAAUACUUACUGAAUGAUUUAAGAUUAAAGAUAUUUUUAAUUUGAUGAAUAUUUAUAUUUUGUAUUCAUAACUUUUUCAUCAUGAAUAUUAGCGUAUUCCUUUUAACUUUACUGGUCAUUUCAAGUAUUGAAGCUGAUCAGCGCCUGUACUGUGUAUCCUGGGCUGGAAUGAUACGUGAAUUAGUUCAUGGCCCUCAGCAAGUUAACUGUACUGUAAAUACUAAUUGUACUGGAAUAUCAUGUUCAAUUCAUGAAUUUGGUUAUGACAUUACUGGAGGAUUAUCUGUUAAUGCCUGUGAAACUCCUACAAGUGUAACUUUAAAUAUUGAUGUUCCUAAGUUAAAUAUCAGAAAUUGGCAGAAGAAAUUUUAUCAUGGAGAUAAAUUUUCAUUAACGGAAACUUUGGAUGGUGUAAUUGAUGUUCUCAAACAAAAAGACAAAUAUAUUUUAAGCCUUGCUUUGGAUAUUCCAUCUGGAUUGAAGUCAGACUCACCUUUGCUUCAUUACUUAAUACCAUCUAUGGCAUCAAGCACUCGAUACCAAGUAUUUAAAAAUGUUUCAGUUUUUGUUCCUGACUGCAAAUUACUUAAUAAUUCUGGGAACUCAACUGAACCAUCUGCUGUGACAUCCAAUGUUUUACCAUUGCUCUCAUCUAAGUAUAAAACGCAUAGUAACUGUACAAUUUUGAAUAGCUCUUGCCCUGUGAAUGAAAUGUGUCUUCAAAUUAGUAAGUCUGGUCCUGAAGGAUUCUGUGUUUGCCUCACAGAUUUUACUCGUGAUAUCAAUGGAACUUGUAUUAUGAAUCCUACCGUAAGCACAACUGUAGAAACACCAGCAGAACAUCUACACCCUAACAAAAAAACAUCUACAAAAUCAUUGCUCCUCACAGCAAUUCUUGUACCAAUAUCAGUGAUUGUUAUAGCUGUUGCUCUUGUCUACAUCACAAUUAGAUAUCGUGUGUUUCAGCAUCUGAGAAGGAGGCUGAGGGUUCAGGUGUAUGAGCAUGUUCUUUUAGGUCAAGAGGAAGAUGAUGAUGAAGAGUCACUGAACCCUGUGGCUUAAAAAUCAUUGUUCAUAGCUGCUUAGCUAAGAAUUUCCAGAUUUGUAUUUGGAUCUUCAUUGUUGAAACUGAAAAACUUAAGUUUUGGCUUUAAAAUUUUCAUGAUCUGAAUUGUAUAGUAUUAUUUUGUUAAACAUAAUGCUGAGAGGAUUCAAGUUUUAAAAUUUAUCUAGCUUUGAUGUCACUAACUCAAAUAGAGACAGUUAAGAUUUGGGUGGUCAGAAAUCAAAUGAUUAAAAUUUUCAUGUUCUGAAUGGUAUUAUAUUAUUUUAUUAUACACAAUGCUGAAAUGAUUCUUAAAAUUAUAAACUUUCAAAAUGAUUCUAAAUUUAAGGAAGACACUAAAAUUUGGGCUAUCAAUAAUCAGAUUAUUUUAAAAAAAUUUUGCAAAGUAAUGUGUUUUUUUUUUUUUUUUUUAAAUUUAUAUAGCCUGUCUUUACCUCAAAAGUACAAAAACAAUAGUAUCAAAUUUUGUAUUAUCUUGCUUUAAAUGUUAUGUAACUUGCUUUAAAAUUAAAGUUAUUAUUGAAAUGAAGUAGAGGGAUAAGAUUUCGUAAGUGACUUACAGGUUUUAACUUUUUUUUUAUAGAUAUAUAUUUAUGGGAAAUAUAUAUUUUUCAAAAGUUUUUUUUUUUUUAAGUUGCUUGCACUUAUAUUGUUCAUAUUGGAAUAUAAUGAAUUUUAUAAUUUUCAUUAAGUAAGUGGCUUAUUCUCUUAUUGAAGCUGUCUAAUUGUAGAUUUUCAGUUUCUAAAACUAGCAGCUAUGUUCUUUAGAUCUUAUUACAUAUUGUGAUAUAUAUAUAAUUACAGUUUUAUUCUCAGUUGUUCGCAUGUAUUAUUACUUUUUUUUAGAAUGUAUAGUUGAUUUAUUCCAGAAUUUUUGUUCUUGUUUUACUUAGCCUAUUUUGUAAAUACUGAAAAUGUCAAUCAAAUGCUUUUGUAUAUCAGGAGAUAGUAAAUUUUAUUAGGAUAUAGAGUUAACUAGUUUUUUAAAGUAAAUAAAAAUUUGGCCAACUGUUAAUUAUCCUACACUGGUUGUAUUUAUAUAAAAGCUGUUAUUAACAUAUUUGGUUAAUUUUUUUUUUUUGUAUACGAUUAUGAUCAAUAAUUCAUUGAUACUAUGAAGAAAGUGAUUUACUAAUUGUUUAACAGUUUAUUUCUAAUAUUUCUAUCAGUUUAGUAGAUCAUUAAACAUAUUCCAAAACAUAUCAUUUUAAAUUAUAAGCUGAUCCUUUUUGUUUUUGUUAAAUUAGUGGGUAAAUUCCAUUUAGUAUCUUUCUUCCAGUAUAAAAAUGUCAUUAAAUGUUGAAUUCAUUUUAACUAUGUUUAUUUUAAACCUAAUUUAAACUAGUGUUUUUGACUUAUAAUUAACCUAUAAUUGCAUUAUUAAUUUCAUUUUAACCAUAAUGCUGCUAAAAUGUAAGGACUUUUAAAUUUAUAGUAGACAUUUUUUUUUUCACAUUGAAAGCAAGUAUUUUCUGUUGGUAUUUUUUAAAACAUUUUUUGUUCAUAAUUAUU